AGUAGCAGGGUAGCAUUGGAGAGCUUCCGUGAAGUGGGGGGGAAAAAGAGACUUUUUAUCCGCGCAUAGGGAGCGCUGUGGAUAGCGGCGGCAUCAGCACAGUGCUGUAUCGCGCGGCUGGGACCCCAAUUCGACAUUUCCGGCACUCGGCAGCGGUUUGCUGCUAUCGCCAUUCGCUCCUUUCUUCGCACAAGUGCACGGACGGAUCUCCUCAGUCUCCCUUAGCAACUUCACUGUGACUGACGUUCCUUCGUAAAGGGAAAAACGCUUUAGUUAUUUUGCUUCAGUUUCCUACAUCGGAGGUCUGCUGCUGCUGCUGCUGCUGCUAUCUUGCGCUUUCCGUAAUGGCACUAGCUUUGAAUAGGGAACUGCUUGAAAAGUUCCAGAAGGAAUUCGAGAAGGACCCGAAGAAUCGGCUUGCCCAAAAUGUCUGCACCAAGGUUGACCUCAAGGACCUGUGCCAGAAGCGCACGGCUCAAGUGAAUCACGUGGUGUCGCACAAGGUUGAUGUCGAAGGGAGACCACCCUCAAACCAGAAGGUGACAGGGCGAUGCUGGCUGUUUGCGUGCCUGAACUGCAUUCGGGUUCCACUCAUGAGGCACUUUCAGUUGGACGAGCUAGAACUCAGCGCUGCGUACCUGUUCUUCUGGGACAAGGUGGAGCGCAGCAACUACUUCCUCAACAACGUGGUCGAGAUGUGGCGGCGGGGAGAGACCGUUGAGGGCCGUCUGUUCAGCUUCCUCCUCCGCGAACCCCUUGAAGACGGCGGCCAGUGGCACAUGGUGCACAACCUAGUGUCCAAGCACGGCCUCGUGCCCAAGCAGUGCUACCAGGAGUCCGUCACUUCUGAGUCAUCACGCCGCUUCAAUCAGAUCCUCACCAGCAAGUUGCGCGAAUUUGCGAAAGACUUGUACACUCUGCUGGCAAAAGGCUGCUCUGACGCAGAUGUCCAGUCGACCAUAGAGCAGAUGAUGGAAACGGUGUACCGCAUUGCUUCCAUUUGUCUUGGAACACCGCCAACCACUUUCACCUGGGAGUACUACGACAAGAACAAAGCCUACAACCGGCUGGGGCCCAUCACUCCGCUGGAGUUUUAUGAGAAGCACGUGAAACCAGUCUUCAACUUUGAUGACAAGGUGUGCCUGGUGAAUGACACUCGACCCUCGAACCCCUUCGGUGACACCUACACGGUGGACUGCCUCGGCAACGUUGUCGGAGGCAUUCCGACAGUCUACAACAACCAGGCCAUAGAAGUGUUUCUGCAGUCCAUCGUUGACUCGGUCAAGGCAAACGAGCCCGUGUGGUUUGGCUGCGAAGUUGUCAAGAGAUGCGAGUUGAAGAGGGGAAUUUUCGACACAGACUACUUUGACUAUGAAGCACUUUUCGGGACCACCUUCACGUUAGGGAUGUCCAGAGCAGACCGCCUCAUCUAUGGCGAAUCCUGCAUGGGCCAUGCGAUGCUCUUUACUGGAGUGUCCCUUGAUGCUGAUGGUAAACCAGUGAAGUUCCGUGUGGAAAACUCCUGGGGCGAUGACACCGGAGAGAAAGGUUUCUUCACGAUGACCCGGGACUGGUUCAAGGAGUUUGUGUUUGAAGUGGUUGUGGACAAGAAGUACCUGCCUGCAGAAGUGAUAGCUGCGAACUCGAAGGAGCCCAAGGUGCUGCCCGCCUGGGAUCCCAUGGGGGCUCUUGCUCAUUGAUGUCUUCACCACUCUUGUGUUCAGAAACAUAAUAAAUGAAGGAAACUUAAUGCAUUUCUUUUAUAAA